GUCAGUCGUAUCAGAGGCAAGGCUAAAUAUCUCACAUUGGUGACGACACCUCCUCUCAACAUGUUUUUUGGUCUUCUUUUUCCCCUUCUAUUUGAACUCUCUGUUCUAAUUCCAGAUCCAGCCUUUUCACAAGGUUUGUUAGAUGCGUUUAUUAAUGCGUACCUGUCAUCGUUUAGUGCUAGAACAUUGAUGUUGGUCGUGGUUAUUUUUCAUAGUAAUUCAACUCAAAAUCUGGAUAUAAGUCUGAUGUUCCCUGAAUUCCAGCAGUCUUUGUUUUUUUGUUAUAUUUUCACUUGACUAGUGGUGAUGCGCGUUGGAUGAUCUUUAGAAACUUGUUUCAACAAUUUGCUUUAUAACUGAUAACUUGGGACGCUGUUGAAUGGCACAAUCUCAAUGUUUAAUUAAUUUCCUUUAUAUAUAUAUAUAUCUGCUGUUGCGGAGUUGUAUAGUUGAAGUCAAUCAGUUCAGCACCUCAACUCGGUUAAAUGCAAAUAACACUCAAUCACUCCACAUUGAAAAUUGUUUUUCAAGACUAAGCUAAAACAUUGAUUGAAAAAGCCUUUAUUCAACUUCAAGUUAAAUUCUAAAUGUUGCCAAAACAACAGCUGCACAUCUUUAAAACCUGGAUAAAAUUGCGGAGACAAACUACAGGCUCAAAAAAAUUUAUCAAAGACUUCUAAAAUUGGGUUUGCAGAAACAUUCGAUUCCUAUGCCUAUCAGAUCAUUGAUUGAUAUGCUUCCCUUUUCCGAAGGAAAGUUUGAAAGAAAUAUGUUAUAGUUAGGUAAUUAAUCAUGAGAAACAGAAACGAAUGAAAACAUUACAGCACCGAAGAGCUUUAUUAGCAAAAUUCUGUUUAUGUUACCCCAGUGAACAAUGGUAUUUAAGUCACUCAGAAUACGCGUCUAUUUAUGGCGAAUGACGCGUCAGAUAUUGAUAACUGAAAAGGUAAGACAAUACAAAUUUAUGUUUAACAGGUUCCUGAAAAACUAUCGAAUGAAUUAAAAUCGAAGUGACUUGUUUAAAUGGCUGCCAAAAAUCUGUCUACGAUAUGAUCAUUUUAAGUGUUCAACGAAGCGAUUUUUGUUUUUCACCAAACUAAAUUUUUCACCUGUUAUUCUUCUUUAUCUUGCGAAAGGUCGCCUGAUUUUACCCAACUUGACCGAGGGCCUCCUGUGUUGAGCACCAAACAAAAAAUUUUUACGGUGUCUCAAACGUUGCAAUUUAGAAAAGAAAGGGGGGAAUGAAAGAAGGAGGCUGAUACUGAACGGCCUGAUUUUUUUUUUUUUUACUACUGACAAACGUUGCAAUUUAGAGAAGCUGAUUUACUACUGACAAUAGCAAAAUGGUUUAUCAUCUCCCUAAGCAGUGGAUUUCGUCAAAUGAAGGUUCAUAAGAGUAACGUAGAUAUAAAAAACAUCAAUCAUUUUUAAUAGUAUGGGGGGGGGUGUACUGUUAUAGGCCGCUUUAUCAUCUCUUGUAAUCAGUCCGUCCCUUCCCCGCCACUCCUUCCUGUGAGUGCUGCCAUCAUGUCCUGGACUGUUCUUUCCUGUUACAGACUCAAACCCUGUGUAUCGCGAGGGCAACCGCGCCUCCUCCACAAUAACCUUCCUGACACGUACGUUCAUUAAACACAAGUUUCAUCACUUGAAUGUGCCGCUUAUAAGUGUUUUAAUUUUUAUUGUUGUUAUUGAUAAUUUGUUAUUGCUAUUAUUUUUAUUAUUUAUUGUAAGCGCAUUGAGAUUCUUAAAUGCGUAUUAAGAACGUUCAUUAUUAUUAUUAUUAUUAUUAUUAUUAUUAUUAUUAUUAUUAUUGGAACAGUGGCAGUGUCUGAUGUGUUUGACUGCACGUUAGAAUGUCUUAGCAAUCCUUUGUGUUUUUCCGUAAACCUGGCCGCCUUCAAAGGAACCCAUGGAAAACUUUGGUGCGAAUUGUUGUCAUCUGAUAAGUUCAGAAACUCCACAGAGUAUAAAGGGAAUAAAAGUUCGCAUCAUUUUGCCAUUGAGGUAGGAAGCAUUUCUUAAUUUUGACUAAUAAACGUGUUAAAAGUUUGACAGCUUUGCCAAGAUCGUAGAGAGAAGGCAGUCAGGUUAAAGUUACUGCAAAUGGUGUCGGUCUGUUGUCAAUUUCAUUGUGGUGACAACCGUAUUUCUAUGGCAUGUUGUAAAGCAUGCAAACACUUUCUCAUGCCGCACACUAUCUUACUUACCACAUUUGUUUCCCAGGCAAGUCAGUAUACUAAGGAAAUACAUGUGACUCGGUCGAAAAUUUUAGUCAAGAUACCAGAUUAUCUUUAUUUAAAGAAUGGACUCGUUUAAAUCGUCAGUAUUUGGUCAGUCUUUAGUCAGUUUGUGUUUUAAAUGUUUUAUCCACAGACUUCUUCAUUUUCCGCCAACUUUCAAAACAAUUAGAAAAGCCUUCCAGACUCAGAGAUCACAACGGCUUGCAAUAUAUUUUUAACCUCAUAAAGCCACUUUCUCACAUACCAGCAAAGGCAGAAAACUCAGCCAAAAUCUCUCUACUGUAGAUGAAAAUAAAAAAAACCCUAGAUGCUAUCAUAUGAGGUAUGUCCAUAUCAUGAAAAAUUUCUACUAAAACGAAUCCGAACCGGAUUGACGGAAUAGCGCGUGAACCAAUUUCCUACUUUGUUUCUCUACAGUCACCUUGCUCUUCGUCACCUUGUCAACACGGGGCUACCUGUGUCACUAACUAUAGAGAUGGCUCAUUCGGAUGCCGCUGUGCAAAAGGCUACAAAGGAGAAUAUUGUGAAAAAGGUUAAUAGUUUGGCAUGCUUUUGUGACUGAUAUACACCCAACAUGAAAUACUGUAGUUCUCAAGUGACUGCUAUGAAUUUUUCUACUUAACCUUGGAGCUCGAAAAUUUUCUAAAAUAGCUGGCGAAAAUAUAUAACUAACAAAUAUUUAAUGCAAUGAGGAACUGAAUAUAUAUUUUUUAUUUUUACUUACUUUACCUCCGGAACCAAUUAUUAUUAACUACGGGGGAAGGAGGGAGGAGGAUUUGAGAAGAUCAUGUGAUUUUUAGGGGGGAAAGGAUGGGGAAACAGUAGUCGCCGACAGAGUUUAAAGGAGGGGACAAUAGAAAUUGACUGCCAAUUUUAAAACUGCCAAUGAGUGGGGAUCAUAAGAAUUUUGCAGAGCCUUGACGGAGGGAGGAGGAGGGGGUAGUAUCAGGCUAAUUUGAUCGUGACCCCCCCCCCUCCUCGGAGGUAAAUUAUAACUCGCACCACAGUAAUGUUUAUCAUCUCUUAUUGCUCAAAGAUUUUGCACUAAAUGCAAAUAUCUACACUAAAUAUCCUAAACACCUUACUUUUGUUUUUUUCGUUACAUUUAGUCAUUGGUUCCUGCAAAGAAGCUUACAACCUUUUUAAGUAAGUGAUACCAAAUGAUUAUCUUUUCGAGCAUAAAAAAGAGACCAAAUUAUGGAUAAGUUUCGACGCCUAGAGGAGAUUUUUCGCCGCAAACUAAUAUGAUCACGAAUGGAUUUCUUUUCGUAUCAAACAGGUCAAACGCCAGUCAAUUGGUCACAUUAUACCUUGACUCUAAACCAAUCACAGUUCUCUGUCAGAUGGGGGAUUUUGGAUGCGGAGAUGGAGGAUGGACGCCUGUAAUGAAGAUUGACGGCCACCAGGUAACCCUUCUAUGGCGGAAUAUUCUUGGCGGGGUUUUCUUGCGGGUGAUGAAGCGCAUGCAAUAAAUUUUCAGAAGUGUCGAAACUACGAUAGAAUCUAGGAACUUGCUCAUGGUCUUCUCGCGGCUCCUGCUUGCGGAAAUUCUUUUGGCAUAAGUGCUACAAUAACCUAAUACCUAAAAACGCAACAAACUGCCAAUUAACCCGCCUGCAAAUAGGGUUUAGAUUGAUGGCUUGUACGCCAACUGUAUUGCUGAGUUCAUGAGGGUCCUGCCUUCGGUGAUGCAUCGGGUUAUUUACAUUUAAGGAUAAAUUAAAUCUUCUUAAUUCUCUUUAGGAAACUUUUCACUAUGACUCUCACUACUGGAGUGAUAAAAACGAAUACAACACCCCCGGCGGGAGGACUGGGUUUGACUCACAAGAGACCAAGUUACCAACCUAUUGGAACACAUCUCUCUCCAAGAUCUGUCUCGGUAUGAAGAUAAGUGGACAGCUCAGGUUUAUUGUCAUUAACAAGCAGGCGAACUCUCUACACUCACUGAUCGCUGAUGGGAUAUGGCGCGCUUCUUCACUGGGUCGUAACGAGUGGAAGAAGUUGAUUGGUGCGCAGGGCUCUUUACAACUGAACUGUAACAAGGAGGGCUUCAAUGCUGUAUGUUCUUCAAGUCAUAAUUCUAAAGCAAGAAUUGGUUAUGUAGCUAACGACAAUAACCAGUGUAGUUCUUGUGACUCCAGAAUUGGGUUUGGUACCGGAGGACGUCCUAAUAACUCCACUACGUGUGGAAACGUAGCAGCUCAUUCCCCAGAUAAUGGUAACAGACACAUCAAAGCUAUGGGAUAUAUUUUGGUGCAGUAAACUCUUUCAAUCCAUGUAUUAUAUUAGAAAACUCACUAAGAAUGGGGAACGGAAGGUGGGGCACUUAAAAGAGCCCUUUUCCAUCUAUCCAUCCCCUCCCACUUCUUCCCUCAAACGCCAAAGUGAGAACUUGCAAAGCAGACUAUAGAUUGCUUGCCGUUUAGUUCGGCUGGUAAAUUCAUUUUCUUCCGAUAUGCGGCGAGUGCGAAGACGAGAAGACACCUGAAUAAGGACUUCACCCGCAUGGGUUCCUUUUGUACAACCAUUUGAGCCCAAUGUUUUAAGGAAAUUCAGUCGACCGGUUGCUAAAACCAUUGUGAUGUUUAAAUCUUAAAAAAGAAGCAAAGCCAGGAUAACAGCUCCAGAACAUUUUCAGGCACUCGCUAAAAAUUAUCACCAAUAGGCAUUUGCUGACCAUGUCAAAAACCACCUCAUGUCAGCCAACAAAAUCUAGAGGAUAAUUUUGAUAUUUUGGUGUCGGCAAAACUGAUAAGCAAGGUAAAGUUAACAAAUAUGACAUUAUUCCUUCAAGUUGAGGACAACCCUUGAUGCCAACUCCAGCCGUUACUUUCCGACGCUUUUUUUAUUAUUAAUAUUUUUGAGCUCAGAAUUAGUUGUAGCUUUACAUAGAUUUACAAGCAUCCUUGAUAUAUACGUACUUAUAGACAAGAAUAUAUACUCUCAAUUGAAAAGGUUUUGUCAAAGAAAAAAAGCAGAAAUGAAUAUAGAAGAAAGCCAAAGAGGAACUGUUUGGAGAAAUCUAAAUACUAAGUAUUCAUGUUAGAUAAUGCACAUGUGUGAAAAAUAAGUCAGACGAUGGAAGAGAAGAAGUACCUCAACCUAACUCACACCUCAAAGCAAAUGUUCUAAAACUGUCAAAUUCCUUAAAAGGAAAUUUUUACGCUGAUCAAAUCAUAUUGAGCUUUUUCCGUUUUGCUUUCUGCAUAUUUCCUUGACAACCUUUUUGCAGUAAGUUGUCCUUCUAUUCAUGUUUAUUCAACUUUAUAAGAUAACUGAGAUAGAGUAGAACCUGUAUUUAGUGGUCACCCUGUAUUGAGUGGUCAGUUGUCAAAGUCUCGAAUUUCUCUCCCCCUCAAACACUGCAAUUUUCACCUCUAUUUAAUGGUCACCUCUAUUAAGCGGCCACUUCUUCUAAGUGGAGGUGUACCAACCUAUAUCUAGUAUAAAUGGCCUGUUUUUACUAGUCCCCACCUGUAUUGAACGGUCAAUGAAAAGCGGGACCAUUCAAAUAAAACUAGGAAUAAUCCUUCAAGUAAUUUUUUAAUCCAUGUUCUCUCCCAAAAUUAAAGUAAGUAAUAUGUUCGAGCGAGGUUUUGUACAUUAAGUGGUCAAUUACGGCAUAAAGAGGGGUUAGUUAUCGUUUUUUGUAAUAUUCCUAAUCUGUGGAACCUGUAUCAAGCGGUCGCCCACCAUUUUUCGUGGGCUUCAUGCAGGUUCGUAUGUAGUAAGAGCGCCCUGAUUGGUCAAAAACUUAUCGUUUAUUCUAUCAGUAAACCCAUUUGAAAAGUUUGAUUUACAAACUUCUCCUACUCAUCCAACAUCCCCUCGUGAGUUAUUAAGCCGGUAAACUGAUAGAAAGUGUGGUAUGUUGCUUAAUGAUUACUAAUCAUUGUUGCUAAUAAUAAUUAUUAUUAAUUAUUAUUUAUUAUUAAGAUUUACGAACCAGUCCCUUAAUGCAAGUAUACAAUCAGUUGUAAAGACUUUUAGUAUACCUAACACCAAGUCUGUACAAAAAAUACGUCCAACACAAGAGCCUCAAUUUAAUUCAUUUUCUUCACAACAGCUCAAUAAAGUGCAUAUGAUAAUAAGUAAUAAAAUAAGUAAUAGGCAAAAGAAUAUUUGAAUAAGAAAAAAAAGGGCGCUGAGACACCAUAUUAGAAAUGCUACAGUAAGACAAUAAAACUAGAAUUAAGAUUUCUGAUUCAAUUUCACAAUUAAGUACAAUUUUUGCAAUUAAAAGAGUUAGAAUAAAGUGAGUAACCUUGGAAUUGAAUGUUCAUUGUGUCAAACUGACGAGAGUUCAUCAGAUACUUUAAAUGAGAUGAUGUGUGCUCUGGAAAAAGGUUACAAAUGAUGCAUAUCGUAUUUCCUCGACUAAUCGUCCAUGCUUUAGUAAGUGCCCUUCCCAGAAUAAGUCCCUACCCCCUACUUCAUCAGGGCUGGGUUGUUCAAAGCUGGGUUUAGAUAAACCAGGGUUAGUGUGAAAUUUGAUUUCAUUUCUGGAAGUUUUAAAGGAAAAUUCAGUAUGAUUCUUUUUGUCAACAAUUUGAUGAUUGGAUGCUCCAUAUAGAGAAGAGAAAAUGAUCCCAGAAAGGCUAUCGAACAAAGAAGUAUAGAAACCCAGAUUAAAAUUUAACCCUUGGUUAGCGCUAAUCAGCUUUUGAAAAACUGGGCCCAGGGGUCUUACAAUCAGGUUCCUACAUUUAGGGGGUUCUUAUACUCGGGGGUUUAUAUCAGUGUGUCUUACAUGACAAGUAAGACAAAAACAUGACAAAUGACCGCGUUACAUCAAGGCUGGAAAUGGACCUAUAUACCUCGCCUAUAACCUAUAAAAUAAAUAAGGCAGUUAAACACUGUAUGUGCCAACUGAUGGUUUUUUGGAAACUAUUGAAGUAAAAAGGCAAUUUUUCUUAAAAUGUAGAGGGGUUAGUGAACAGUUCUCCUCAAUGCCAAAAUUGUGACAUAAGGAAGACUUGGUCAAAACAAAGUUUGUUAGUUAAAAUAAAUUAGGACUGCGGCAUGAUCGUAUAGAUACGUGGUUGCACACUGGUCAAUUGAUAGGGCACUACCAGCUGCUUCACUUUUCCUACUUAGUUAGUUACGAGAUUUUGGUGCUGCAUCAAAGAAGCACCCUGAAGAUGAUAAGUUUGUGCACUGAAUGGAGAGCUUGUGAGGGCCGGGGACAGGGCAAGUAAUAAACGCAAAUAGAACGGGUAUUUAAUACACUUUGAAAGUAUGGGAAUUGAAAAUUUAACAUAUAUUUCAACAAACAAUAAAGGAAUGAUCUCCGCAUACUUGGCGCAAUAGGAAAAACCUCUUCUCUCAAUCAAGAAUCCUGUAGUUCGAUAUCUAGUGGUAUCAAUUUGUUUUGCUCUUUUUGUUUUCUUUAUUUACAUUGUUCUUUAAAAGAAUGUUUCUCUUGUUUUGCUCUAGACGUCUCCAUCAUUUCUUUUAGUAACCGAACCGCAGCACUUGCCUUUUCUUUUCCUGCUUUUUAAAAAAAAGGGGGGAAUUCUUGUCAUUCAAGGGCACAGGUCAUUGAUAUUGUGUUUUUCAGUAGAAUAAUAUUCAAAUUAAGGAUCAUUAAGGUUUACACAGAAGACCUAUAAAUACUGAAAUGUAAGACGGCAAAUGGUGCUACAUUCGCUCCUCAGUUAAGAUUUUUCAGAUCAUUCUCGUUUAGAAUGGAGGGCAUGACGUCAUAAUUGUGUGAUCACCGAUUCACCCUUCAACUCCCGCAAAUGAUUUACUUUUCUCUUCUCUCUGUAAUAUCCAUACAUUUUCCCGUAAACAGGUAAUGAGAAUACUCAAAAGUUAUCGGAGGUAAAAUUUGUUAGCGAGAUCUAACACCAAAUUUUUGUAACUUAUUUAUAAGAAAAUCUGUAGCUGUAAAAGGGGAGAAUUAACCGUCAGAUCUUGUGAGUUAAACGGUUAAAGAUCCUUAUGCACCUACAGCGCUCGGAACAAACUUUUAAUCGAGAUACUUUUGAAAUUUUGUCACCAAUUUUCACUCUAUCAGGAGCCCAUUACUUGCUAAUGGGCUCCUGUCUCUAUUAAACAAAAAUAGACUAUUUGAUACCGCUUCGAAUCUUCACCUAAUUAUUUAUUCAUGUUAUCACAACACGCAUCAAUAUCAGAGGAAGAAUAAAUGUAAGAUAAACGUAUAGUUUCUGGUGUAAUUUGAAAAACCAGUUUGAAUGAUGAUAAAAAGGAAACACGACUUCCAACUGGAUCCUGUCAUGGAUGCUAAAAGGAAAGAUCAUUUGUCUCGUAUCACAAUGGAGUCACAACUUUUCAUCUUGUCUGACAUUCAACACUUUUAGGAAGUUCUUUCUUUGCCAAAGCUAUCGAUGUCUCCAGUUUUAAGAUGUUGCACUUUCCAAAAGUUUUACUCAUGACGUAUUAAACACCGGACAUCAACUUCUCUAAAUACCGGGUUGAAAUUUCCGUCAUAGUAUCUUACAUUGUUUUUUUAGAAUUCAGCUCAUGAUUUCCCAGCAGUUGAUCUUUUAUCGAUCAAUCAGAGACUGUUUUACUAGAAUCACAAAAGUAUUACUAUUGUAUAAAUGAUUCUGACUAUUAAUACUAAUCGAAUCCUAAUCAAGGACUCACGAUGCAUUUGUCUGUUUUCGUGCCGCUGUGCAAUUAUUUCCUGGUAAGAUUUAAAAGUAUCAUUACUCCCAAUUUCGUCCAAACAUUACAUCAUGCACUUGUUAUCAUCUGAUAACAAUAUGACGGGAUGGAAGAAAUUCGAUUCUCACUAAUUCUCGUGAGACUCCACUAAAUUAUUUUGGGUAAAAGACAACUUUUUCCUCCUUGAUGGUAACAAGAGUGAUUUAUUCACAUUACAUGUUAAGGAAAUGGUUUUUCAACUUUUCAGUCGAGAGUGUCAUAUUUUUUUUUGUUUAUUGUUACAUAAAUAAAAAAAACGGUGUCUUAAAUUACUUUUAUUCCAGUGUCUUUAAAUAGAACGAAUUAUUGCUGAGCCUAUUUACUAAAAGGACGUUUCAAAAAUUAGUUAUAUUAGAUCAAUCAAAAAGUUCUAAAUCAUCUUCGAAACAGAACUAAAACAACAUGAAAGGGGAUGGAACAUCGAGCAAAACAGUUUUGACAUUUUUAUGCAAGGAACACAUCAGGAGCACGCAAAAUUGUAUAUAAGCAGAGAGAAACUUUUCUCGGCAUCAAAAAAACUUCAAGGAUUAGAGGAAACAAAGCAGCAAGUGGAGAAAAAAUCCUCACCGUAGACUACAAGAAAUACAAAGGAAUGGAGCAAUGGAGGUUUUCAAGGUAAAACACUAAUAUCCUUUGUUCCUGUAUAACGUAAUAGUAAAAAUUAUUUCUUUCUUCUUCUUUCUUUUGACUUCAUUUCUCAAUGAAAUUUUUUCAAUCGCUUUAGUUACGUUUGUGAUCCUGUCUCUUUCAGUAAUUUAGAAAUACUUUCGAGAAGCAAAACGUUUUUCCAAUAUCUCUAUUUUCGAGCACUUUAGCCAUGAAUCACUAAUCGUAACGCAGUGUGUUGAUACAAAGUUGACAAAAUAUUUAUAUACUCUAGGUUCUUGUCGUUAUCCUCGCUAUUUUUUUUCACCGUGGAAAUGGCUGGACAGCUGGUUUCGACAAAAUCAUGCGCAGAAUUCAAGAUAGCGGAGUCCCGUCCACCUAGGGUGCUGUACCAUGGAGAUCAAAGAGGUCCCCUGGUGACGAGCCCAGUUGUUACACAGGCAGAGUUGUUUCCUUUACUUUGCCAAGCAGCAAAACAGUAACUUCUCCCUUUUGUAAGAAGAUUACAUCUUCCGGAACCGCAUGUUUUAGUUCCAUGGCAAACAACAGCAACCAGAGCAAAUGUGUUCCGUCCAACUUCAUCACAGAGGAAGGAAAAAGAUAUAACACUGCCUGUUCAUGUGCACCAUAAAAUAGUUAAAGUUGGGGCUUUUCAACUCCAAAAUUUUUCAGGAAGACCGAACGAUUUUUAUAUUAACAAGAAUAUAUUAUAAUCAACUGCUGAGAUGUAUCAGCAUAUCAUAAAAGUGUCAUACACUCCUAUAUAUUUAUAUAUUUAUGAACUUACUGAGUAACUUUCAAUUGUUUCAACGAAACCUUCAAAUUGUUCAAGGAACUCUGACUUCGUAUUUGUGAAAUACUUGUCUGUAAAUUUGUUGUGUCAAUAAAGUAAUCAUAUAGUUUUUUUUCAAAUUUCUGUUAAUAAUCUCUCUUCACUUCGAUAGAAAUGAAAGAAGUCUGUUUGAUAAUUUUAAGGGCAUAAAAACAUAGGGAAAUAAGCAGAAUAGUUCCCAAUCAACGAUCGGUAAAGUCUCACUAAUGUGGUCGAAAAACGACUGGGCACUAGUGAUCUGUUAAGAGGUAGGAAGUUGCAUUCUUUAUCAAUCACAUGUAGGUCUGACGCACAUCCACAGCGACAGAACCUGUCUCCAUCUAACCUUUGAAGGAGACCUAACUUUCAAAAAUAUUUAAUAUCGAGACCGUCUUAUUGUGAUUUAACUCCUCUUAAUACGGCUCCCAACACUCAAAUGAAUGGACUGACAACUGACCACGUGAUUUCUACACACUACAAGAGCACGCACAAAUAAUCGACUGGUAAUCACAAUAUCGAUAAGGCAAUUAGCAACCAGUAAUAUAUCGGCAAAGCUAUGAUACAAAGAACUUCAUUCCUUACCAAGAUUUAUUUAUCAAAUAAUCGGUAUCAUUCCGUAUUUUUAGCAAGAUUUAGACUUGCAAACCAUAUGCCAAAAACUGUUUGAACGACAGGUAUAAACGUGAAAGUGAAAAGGGAAAGCGAAAGCAAGACAGAGACCUAUGCAUGAUUCUUCAUCAGUUUACUGUAGACAUCUUUGAAUCACCACUAGCGCUAAACUUCGACUCUGUUGUCUGCCUGUAAUAUCUUAUACUGUCAUGCUCAUCGUACUGUCUAGCUUGUUUUUUCGAUAAAGACUAAGAAAAGUAAACCUAAAGCAAGAGGGAGACCUAUGCGUGAUUCUUCAUCAGUUUUUAGACUCUUUGAAUCACCACUUGCGCUUAUACUGUCAUGCUCGUCAUACUCUCUGGCUUGUUUCUUCGAUAAAGACAAGGAGACCCGUGUAAUUGCCAUCAAAGUCAUGUGGUGUGUGUAGCAAAUCAAGCCAGGUAAUUGCAAGUGAACUGCAUGGAGCAUGGAUCGCCAGAAAUAAUCUGGUGGGACCAAGGAGGGGAAUUCAAUAAAGCCUUGAAAUUACUUUGCGAUGGUAUGAAUGGUUUACAAUCCUCCUGGAGAUAGCAAUUGCCAAUUUGCUGCACUAUCGCAUCAUGCAAAGAGACGGGCAUUUUAAGAUCUCCUGAAACCAUGAGGAAAGAAAUAGUAAAGUACUUAAGAAGUAUUCCGCACGAUAGCGAUGGCUUCCCUCCUUUUGGCAUUUGGCAGAUGAUGAGUUCGCUUGCUGGGACCUAUGGAAAUCAGAUUACGCUGCAUGCAGCAGCAAACUUGUAUAACGUCGACAUCCAAAUAAUUUUCUCUCCAGGAGUUGGUGGGCAGCAUGUGUUCGGUUCCUCAGCAAGUGUUUCAGCAGCUACCGUGUACCUUGGCCAUUUUUCUGAGAACCAAGGAGAGCACUAUGUGAGCUUGGAACAAGUUACAGAUCAUAACUACGGCAUUGAAAAAGAAUACGAAGCAAAUGACCCAGGAGAAGGAGAAAUUUCCGAGUAUUAUGCAAAUAAAAUGCAUAUAGAGCAGGACGUCGUUGAUUUUGAAAUGGGUGACACUGACGCAAAAAGUGGACCUGACAGUAUCGUCGGCAAUGGUGACGACACGGACAUUGUUACGGAUAUGGCUAAGGGACUUACUCAUGGAAGUCGAGAAAAUGAGACGGAUUUUGAAUUACAAAAUGAAGUCGACAAUGGCAUUACCAAUUAUGGUAAUAAGCUAAUGGAAGUUCAGUAGUUUCAGAUGUAGAAAUCGACUUAUUUGCAACGAGAGGGGAUGACGAAUGUCACAUUAGAAUUAUUCCCAAUGAAGUUCUAGAAAAAACGUAAGAAAUAUUGUAAGCGUCAUCAGCCUUCUUGUUUGCUGGUAAUGUAUGCCACACAAAGCAAACAUUAUGUAAAGUUAAUACACGAUUCACGGCGCUGGUGCAACGUCUGAAACGAUUUCUGCCAAGGAUUUAUAUUUCUGGUGGAUUGAAGUAUUGUUUAAUCACCGCUCGAAGCCUUUUAAAAAAGUAUGAUCCUAAUUCAUUAAGUUUAAAUUUUCCACAAUGAUACCCACCCUGUCCAUACUUUGACUAUACUUUGCUACCUUCAGUUUCUAGUUCUUAUUUACACUUACGCCAUCGCUGUUGGCACCUAGGCAAUUGCUUGAGAGGCUAAUGAGUGCUUUUCUGACAAAGAAGCAAGAAGAAUACUGAAGAAGUUUCUUCUUUUUGUAGAUCCUACUUAGAAAAGUCAACUAAACGAAACAGCGUAAACAACCAAGAUGGAUGUGUUUGCUUAGCGAUGAUUUGCAACGAGAGGAUGACUUAUUACUUAUUAAUAGUUGAACGAUACUAUAAAGAUAUGUAAAUGUGUUAAUCAAUCGUGGCAAUUUAUUAGAAAUUUUUCAACUGAAUUCUAAAAUUCAAUCUACACAGCAACAUAUGCAAGGCAUUGUAAUUCACUGCACAUUAAGGACUUUACAUUUUCCAGCAUAAGACCAGCUAUUUGCCGUACCCUAAUAAACCCGCACUACCGGACGAAAACUCGCUGUAAAACUCCACAAGGGUUGGCUAAGAGCGCCGCAUUAAAUUUUGACAACAGAAAAUAAGGGAACCCUUACAUUCUCUUGAUCCUGAGCUGAAGGAAAUUCAACUCGGACAAUGAUAAACGAAUAGACUACUCUUGCAAGUCUUACAGAAACGCCAUAGAUGAUUUUAAACCCAAAUUCUAGAUGCGAUCCUUUUAUUUACAAGCCACGAAUGAAUCUAAAACCGAUUCUGUUAGUUUAGAAAGAAGCUUUCUCGGUAAUUUUGGGAAUAUUUCAGCCCGGAUGGCAUAUUAUAAGUAGUUUUGUAUGUCGAAAAGCUUGUAAUAGGACUCAAUUUGUUUAUCGUGGAAAUUUUUUUGAGUCAACUCUACUCACCAAGUUCUUCUAGAAAUUUUAGUCAAAAGAAAUCAUUCGUGCUCAUGAAUCACGAAACGCAGCCGCGCUCAUUAGAUAUCCUAUUUUUUGGGUCGUGGAAAAGCUACAGAUGGUUAAAAAAUUUAAGGUAGUAACCUCAUUGUAUACCGGUAAUCACGGAAACGGUAAGUUUAUUUUGAAGUUCUCUUUGUAAAUAAUUGAGUUAACACGUAAAUAGGAACCCAUCUUCACAACUUAUUAAAAAUUUAUAUCAAAAGUCUCUCUUUGAAAGGGUUUUUGAGUGAAUUUUAAUGAUAUGUACAGGUUUUUAACACCUUGUUCUUGUUCAUAAUCCAAAUACGGCAUUUCUGUUUCGUUUGCCAUAAUGCAGAAUUUCACAAAACCUUCUUAUUUUCCUUCUUGCAAGUCAUCUGUGCUGCCAAUAGAUUUUUCUUUGGCAAGUUUUUCCUUAAAUAACAACUUCCCUUACUCCAAAACUGGCAUUGAUAUAUUGGAAUUUUUUUUUCCACUGCAGUGGCAAACUUGUCAACAUGAAAACUUAUCAAGUUACACUUCCUUUAUCAGUUAUAACUCUUUUCCCGCACUGCUAAUGGCCACCAAAAGGAUCUAACUCGCAGUAUUAUAAGUUUUCCAGGAAGACAGACAGACAGUGCGCAGAGGUGAAUGAUUUAGAACGGCGUACGUUUGAUACAAUGUUUUCCAAGAUUGCAAUACGAGUAACAUGAAAAUUUUUUAGGCCUUGUGAUUUCGGUGAUAUCUACGAUAUAGUUUCCAGGCAAUCAGCUUAGGCUGAGCAUUUCUCGUGAGGCCUACCUUUACAAACGGAAUAUUGAAAAUUUCUUGUGAUUGUAAAACAGAGAAUUUUUUCUGGAUGAAUCAGGUUGCCCUUAGUUAUAAACCCAAACUACUGGGUGUUACUAGCAAGCUUGGAUGUAAUUAAAGGCUCAUUGCGCAAUCAGUUAAUCAGAAACUAUUUAGAAAAUGAUGCCUCAUUGGAGUUAUGGGUAAAGUAAAGCGGAAAUUAGGUCAUAGGAUUUUAUAAGUAAGACAACUUUAAACCUGAUUUUUGACUCGUAUUCCCUUCCGCCCUCAUAAAACUCAACCAUAGCACUGAGAUAUCCAUUGUUGCAAAAACAAAGGAAAGUGCUAUUUUGUACGUCAGCAAAUUGGGAGCAGCUGGAUACGCUUAAAUUCGUUUGGUUGUAGUCAACAUUUCAGUGUUUCAGUUGCUCACGAGUCAGUCGCAUCAGAGGCAAGGCUAAAUAUCUCACAUCAGCGACGACACCUCCUCUCAACAUGUUUUUUGGUCUUCUAUAUCCCCUUAUAUUUGAACUCUCUGUUCUAAUUCCAGAUCCAGCCUUUUCACAAGGUUUGUUAAAUGCGUUUAUUAAUGCGUAUCUCUUAUCGUUUAGUGUCAGAACAUUGAUGUUGGUAGUGUUUAGUAAUAGUAAUUCAACUCAGAUCUGGAUAUAAGUCCGAUGUUCCCUGAAUUCCAACAGUCUUUGUUUUUUGUUACAUUUUCACUUGAGUGGUGAUGCGCGUUGAAUGAUCUUUAGAAACUUGUUUCGACAAUUUGCUUUAUAACUGAUAACUUGGGACGCUGUUGAAUGGCACAAUCUCAAUGUUUAAGUAACUCCCUUUAUGUUGUGAAGUUGUAUAGUUGAAGUCAAUCUGUUCAGCACCUCAACUUGGUUAAAGGCAAAGAACACUCCAUCACUCCACAUUGAAAAAUGUUUUUCAAGGUUAGGCUAAAACAUUGAUUGAAAAAGCCUUUCAAGCCUUUCCUUUUCAACUUCAAGUUAAAUUCUAAAUGUUGCCAAAACAACAGCUGCACAUCUUUAAAACCUGGAUAAAAUUGCGGAGGUAAACUACAGGCUUUCGACCUUGCCAUGCUUUUACCCAAAAAAAUUUAUCAAAGACUUCUAAAAUUAGGUUCGCAGAAACAUUCGAUUCCUAUGCCUAUCAGAUCAUUGAUUGAUGUUCUUCCCUUUUCCGAAGGAAAGUUUGAGAGAAAUAUGUUAUAGUUAGGUAAUUAAUCAUGAGAAACAGAAACGAAUGAAAACAUUACAGCACCGAAGAGUUUUAUUUGCAAAAUUUUGUUUAUGUUACCUCAGUGAACAAUGGUAUUUAAGUCACUCAGAAUACGCGUAUAUUUAUGGUAAUUGGCUCGUCAGAUAUUGAUAACUGAAAGGUAAGACAAUAAAAAUUUAUAUCUAAGAGGUUCCUGAAAAACUCUCGAAUGAAUUGAAAUCGAAGUGACUUGUUGAAAUGGCUGCGAAAAAUCUGUCUACGAUAUGAUCAUUUUAAGUGUUCAACGAAGCGAUUUUCGCUUUUCACCAAACUAAAUUUUUUACAUGUUAUUCUUCUUUAUCUUGCGAAAGGUCGCCUGAUUUUACCCAACUUGACCGAGGACCUCCCGGAUUGAUCACCAAACAAAGUUUGGCGACAAUAGUGGAGGAAACUUGUUAAUUAAAUUUGGCGGAAGUCAAGGGGCCUAAUAUGUUAGGACAGCUACAAGCUAUUGACAAAAUAACAUCUGUUUUGCUUCCAGUUGGCAAAAGUUAUGAAUUCUAAAAUUAAGACAGGUGCGAUAAUAACAGUGUCGCAAGAUUUCUUCAACCUUUCGGGUAUUUGGAAUGGAUAGCUCCUAAAUAAACAAGGGAGCUGACAAAAUUUGCCUCCAAUAAGAUCAGAAAAUUCAUGGAGAAGUUACAAUUCUUUAUUAACGACUGUUUACCUUGGUUUCGUAUGAUCUACUUCUAACGUUCAUUUCGAAAGGAAAAUAAGGAUCAAAUUUUAUUUUAAAUAUAGCUGAACAUUGUCCCGAAAACUAAGCGAGAGAAAACGCAAGGAUCAGUCUAAAAUUAGCUCUUGAUACUUCAAAAGAUCCCUGGAUUUAGAAAUACCUCACCGCUUUACACCAUUCUCAGUUACCUCUUCGCUUUACUCUACAACAUCCUCAUACGGCACGAGUACAAAUUUUGCUUUCGUCGCAGAGAGGCAGGGGUCACCCCGGAAUUGUAGAAAGGAGCUGGGAGGGAAGGGGGGGGGUGAAUGAGAAGAAGGGUGGCUGAUACUGAUCGGCCUUAAAACCAUUCUUGAAAGGUUUUUUUUUUUCAAUAUUUUUACGGUGUCUCAAACGUUGCAAUUUAGAGAAGCUGAUUUACUACUGACCAUGGCAAAAUGGUUUUUCAUCUCCCUAAACAGCGGAUUUGGCCAAAUGAUGGUUCAUAAGAAUAACGUAGAUAUGAAAAACAUUUAACAAUUAUUUUGAAUGGUAUGGGGGGCACUGUUAUAGGGCUUCUUCAUCAUCUCUUGUAAUCAGUCAGUUCCUUCCCCGCCACUCCUUCCUGUGAGUGCUGCCAUCAUGUCCUUUUGUUACUGGACUGUUCUUCUUUCCUGUUACAGAGUCAAACCCUGUGUAUCGCGAGGGCAACAGCGCCUCCUCCACAAGAACCUUCCUGAGACGUACAUUCAUUAAACACGAGUUUCAUCACUUGAAUGUGCCGCUUGUUGGAACAGUGGCAGUGUCUGAUGUGUUUGACUGCACGUUAGAAUGUCUUAGCAAUCCUUUGUGUUUUUCUGUAAACCUGGCCGCCUUCAAAGGAGCCCAUGGAAAACUUUGGUGCGAAUUGUUGUCAUCUGAUAAGUUCAGAAACUCCACAGAGUAUAAAGGGAAUAAAAGUUCGCAUCAUUGUGCCAUUGAGGUAGGAAGCAUUUUUUAAUUUUGACAAAUAAAUGUGUUUAAAGUUUAAUAGCUUUGUCGAGAUCGUAGAGAGAAGGCUGUCAGGUUAAAGUCACCGCAAAUGGUGUCGGUCUGUUGUCGUAUUCAUUGCGGUGACAACCGUAUUUCUAUGACAUGUUGUAAAGCAUGCAAACACUCUCUCGUGCCGCGCACUAUCUUACUUACCACCUUAGUUUCCCAGGCACGUCAGUAUACUAAGAAAAUACAUGUGACUCGGUUGAAAAUUUUAGUGAAGAUUAUCUUUAUUUAAAGAAUGGACUCGUUUAAAUCGUCAGUAUUUGGUUAGCCUUUAGUUAAUUUGUGUUUUAAAAUGUUUUAUCGACAGACUUCUUCAUCUUCUGCAAACGUUCGAAACAGUCAGAAAAGCUUUCCACACUCAUAGAUCCCAACGGCUUAGCAAAAUAUUUUUAACCUCAUAAAGCCACUUUCUCAAAUACCAGCAAAGACAAAAGACUCAGCCAAAAUCUCUCUACUGUAGAUGAAAAUAAAAAAAAACCCUAGAUACUAUCAUGUGAGGUUUGUCUAUACCAUGAAAAAUUUCUACUAAAACGAAUCCGAACCGGAAUGAUAGAAUAGUGCAUUAACUAUUAUCCUACUUUGCUUCUCUACAGUCACCUUGCUCUUCAUCACCUUGUCAACACGAGGCUACCUGUGUCACUAACUAUAGAGAUGGCUCAUUCAGAUGCCGCUGUGAAAAAGGCUUCAAAGGAGAAUAUUGUGAAAAAGGUGAAUAGUUUGGUAUGGUUUUGUGACUGAUAUAUAUCCAACAGCAUUAAAUAAUAUAAUUCUCAAGUAACUACUACGAAUUUUUCUACUUAACCUUGGAGCUCGAAAAUUUUCUAAAAUAGCUGGCGAAAAUAUAUAACUAACAAAUAUUUAAUGCAAUGCAUAAAAAUUUUGAAUCUCUCGAUGCUCAAGUUGAUUAAGAUGGUCUUCCAUUCACAUUUUGAAAGUUUUCAAUAUUAACUGGAUCCAAUUAAUUAUGGUACCAUUGGAAUUAUCAUCCAGAAGUGUUAGGGAUUGCACUGCUGAUUGACAUUUUGUAACCAUGGCAACCAGUUUUCAGGCCUCCGACGGUGAAAAAGGGUCCCCAUCUGCUAAAAAGAAUAUCUAAAGAACCAGAGGUCCCAGAAGAGGGGGGGAGGUAUUAGGUUAAUUUGAUCGUGACAGAACCAAAAUGUUCGGAAGUAAAUUAUAACUUGUACCAAAGUAAUGUUUAUCAUCUCUUAUUGCUCAAAGAUUUUGAUAAUAAAUUGAUACACUAAGUAUCCUAAACACCUUACUUUUGUUUUUUAUAUCAUUUAGUCAUUGGUUCCUGCAAAGAAGCUUACAACCUUUUUAAGUAAGUGAUACCAAAUGACUAUCUUUUUGAGCAUAAAAAAGGGACAAAAUUAUGGAAUAGUUUCGACGCCGCAAAUUAAUAUGAUCACGAAUGGAUUUAAGAGAUCCUCACAGCUAAGAACGCUACUGAAACGAGUAGUUGAAAAUAGGACCUGAAAAAAAAUUCAGGCCCGUAUGGGAUUUGAACCAUGACCUCUAAAAUCAACGAAUGGCUUUCUUUUCGUAUCAAACAGGUCAAACGUCAGUCAACUGGUUACAUUAGACCUUGACUCUAAACCAAUCACAGUUCUCUGUCAGAUGGGGGAUUUUGGUUGCGGAGAUGGAGGAUGGACGCCUGUAAUGAAGAUUAAAGGCAGCCAGGUAAGCCUUCUAUGGCGGAAUAUCUUUGGCGGGGUUUUCUUGAGAGUGAUGAAGCGCAUGCAAUAAAUUUUCAGAAGCGUCGAAACUACAAUAGAAUCUCUUAAUAACUCGCCCAUAUAUUCUUCUCGCGGCCCCUGCUUGCGGAAAUUUUUUUGGCAUAAGUGCUAGAAUAACUGAAUACCUCAAAACGCGACAAAUUGCGAAUUAACCCUCCUGCAAGUAGGGUAUAGAUUGAUAGCUUGUACGCUAACUGUAUUACUGAGUUCAUGAGGGUCCUGCCUUUGGUGAUGCAUCGUGUUAUUUACAUUUAAGAAUAAAUUAAAUCCUCUUAAUUCUCUUUAGGCAACAUUUCACUAUGAGUCACACUACUGGAGUGAUAAAAACGAAUACAACACCCCCGGCGGGAGGACUGGGUUUGACUCACAAGAGACCAAGUUACCAACCUAUUGGAACACAUCUCUCUCCAAGAUCUGUCUCGGUAUGAAGAUAAGUGGGCAGCUCAGGUUUAUUGUCAUUAACAAGCGGGCGACCUCUCUGCAUUCACUGAUCGCUGAUGGGAUGUGGCGCGCUACUUCAUUGGGUCGUAACGAUUGGAAGAAGUUGAUUGGUGCGCAGGGCUCUUUACAACUGAACUGUAGCAAGGAGGGCUUCAAUGCUGUAUGUUCUUCAAGUUAUCAAUCUAAAGCAAGAAUUGGUUAUGUAGCUAACCAGCAAAACGAUUGUGGCUCUUGUGACUCCAGAAUUGGGUUUGGUACCGGAGGAUAUCCUGAUAACUCCAAUACGUGUGGAAACGUUGCAGCUCAUUCCCCAGAUAAUGAUGACAGAUACAUCAAAGCUAUGGGAUAUAUUUUGGUGCAGUAA